ACGCUCCGUCUGGGCGUGCGGUUUGAAGGACAAAACAUUGCGUGGGUUUCAGAUGGGAAAUUACGAGCGCAGCGACCAGCCCGGGUGGGGUCGGCGGCGCGGCGGCAGCGAGCGCCAGGGGAAGCGCAGAUCGCCCAGCGGUGCCCAGGAGGGCAGGCACUACAGGCACGAGAUGGCCAAGAGGCCUCACAGUAAAUGUUCAGAAACCAAAUUCAUAAAUGACCGGGAGCACCACAAGCGGAGACGCUAUGUGGAGGAGUACUGGACUGAGCACACACACGGCUUUGACAGUGGGCAGCAGCACCGCGAGCAUGACAAGAGUGCCCACCGCCACCACGGCAGCAGGUCCUCGGGCCGCAGCAGGAAGGGCAGCUACAAGCGGUGGUACAAGACGCAGCACAGCGCCUGCCACCAGUACCAUCACUCACAGAGGAGUCAUCGAAGGAAAAGAUCCAGGAGUGUAGAGGAUGAUGAGGAGGGUCACCUGAUCUGUCAGAGUGGAGACGUACUAAGUGCAAGAUAUGAGAUUGUUGCUACUUUGGGUGAAGGAGCUUUUGGAAAAGUGGUGGAAUGCAUCGAUCACGAAGCGGGAGGUAGACAUGUAGCUGUGAAAAUAGUAAAAAAUGUGGAUAGAUACUCUGAAGCAGCACGUUCAGAAGUACAAGUCCUGGAACAUUUAAAUGCAUCAGACCCCAGCAAUACGUAUCGCUGUGUUCAGAUGUUGGAAUGGUUUGAGCAUCAUGGCCAUGUCUGCAUUGUUUUUGAGCUACUGGGACUCAGUACUUAUGACUUUAUUAAAGAGAAUGGCUUUCUGCCAUUUAGGUUGGACCACAUUAGAAAAAUGGCGUAUCAGAUUUGCAAAUCUGUGAACUUUUUACAUUUGAACAAACUGACACAUACGGAUCUGAAACCAGAAAACAUUUUAUUUGUCCAGUCUGAUUAUGUAGAAGAAUAUAACCCCAGACUGAAACGUGAUGAGCGCACACUAAAAAAUCCAGACAUAAAAGUGGUGGAUUUCGGGAGUGCAACAUACGAUGAUGAACAUCACAGCACCCUGGUGUCUACAAGACAUUACAGGGCUCCUGAAGUUAUUUUAGCGCUGGGAUGGGCACAGCCAUGUGAUGUUUGGAGCAUUGGCUGUAUUCUCAUAGAAUACUACCUUGGGUUCACGGUAUUUCCGACUCAUGACAGCAAAGAGCACCUGGCAAUGAUGGAACGGAUACUGGGGCCUUUGCCUAAUCACAUGAUACAGAAAACCAGGAAACGGAAAUAUUUCCAUCGGGACCAGCUGGACUGGGAUGAGCACAGUUCUGCAGGCAGAUAUGUUGCAAGGCGCUGUAAACCACUGAAGGAAUUCAUGACAUGCAGGGAUGCUGACCAUGAGAACCUGUUUGACCUCAUUCAAAAGAUGUUGGAGUAUGACCCAGCUAAACGUAUUACACUUGAAGAAGCACUAAAACAUCCUUUCUUCUUCCCCUUGAAACAAGAGAAAAGGAAGCUGUCUCCUGUAGCAGAGCAGUCCUGUCCAGAUGAUAUCAGCCCACCAAAGAAAUAUAGAAGAUUUUAAGUAAUAAAUUAUUAUGUAUAGUUCUUUUUUGUAAAUGUCUUAUUUUGUAUUGUGACUCUUUGGAUACUUAAUGCAGCUGCUGAAAUAAAAGUUAUUUAAGAAAAAAAGAGA